GGGCCCGCCCAGGUGCAGCGAGGUGCGCCGCUCCGCCGCCCCGGAUCCCCCGCGGGAAAGCGAAAGUGUCGGGGUGCGCCGGGGGCGGGAGCCGGACUCGAUCGCUCCAGGGGCCAUGGACGGGCUCGGCCGCCGCCUGCGAACCAGCCUGAGACUCAAACGCGGCCGAGGGGGACCUCCCCAGGACAGUGCUGGGGCCACAAACAAGGAACCAGAAAGGACGCAGGAGUACAGUUUGUCCAAUCUUUCUGGAGGCCAGCACUUCUUUGAAUACCUGCUGGUGGUUUCCCUCAAGAAAAACCCCUCUGGAACCAAGUAUGAGCCCAAGAUCACCUACCAGUUUCCCAAGAGGGAGAAUCUGCUUCGGGGCCAGCAGGAGGAGGAGGAGCGGGUGCUUGGCGCCAUCCCUUUAUUUUGCUUUCCAGAUGGGAAUGAGUGGGUACCACUUACUGAUUAUCCCAGGGAGACCUUCUCCUUCGUUCUGACCAAUGUGGACGGCAGCAGGAAGAUUGGCUACUGCAGGCGCCUCUUGCCCGCAGGUACUGGCCCUCGACUCCCGAAGGUGUACUGUAUCAUAAGCUGCCUUGGCUGCUUUGGCUUAUUCUCCAAGAUCCUGGAUGAAGUGGAGAAGCGGCAUCAGAUCUCCAUGGCAGUCAUCUACCCCUUCAUGCAGGGCCUUAGAGAGGCUGCCUUCCCCGCUCCUGGAAAGUCUGUCACUCUCAAGAGUUUUAUCCCUGACUCAGGCACUGAGUUCAUCUUGCUAACAAGGCCCCUGGAUUCCCACUUGGAGCAUGUGGAUUUUCGUUCUCUAGUGGGAUGUCUCCGUUUUGAGCAGAUUCUCCAGAUCUUUGCCUCUGCAGUGCUGGAGAGAAGGAUCAUCUUUCUGGCAGAUGAUCUCAGCACCCUGUCUCAGUGCAUCCAUGCUGCUGCUGCUCUGCUUUACCCCUUCAACUGGGCACACACCUAUAUCCCUGUGGUCCCUGAGAGCCUUCUGGACACUGUCUGCUGCCCCACACCCUUCAUGGUUGGAGUACAAAUGCGCUUUCUGCAGGAGGUCCUGGACAGCCCUAUGGAAGAGGUCCUCUUGGUGAAUCUAUGUAAUGGUACCUUCAUAAUGUCAGUUGGUGAUGAAAAAGAUAUCCUACCCUCCAAGCUUCAGGAUGACAUCUUAAACUCUCUUGGGCAGGACAUCAAACAUUUACAGAAUUCAGAACAAAUCAACGAGUAUGUGUCAGGCCCUUUUGUUCAGUUCUUUGUCAAGACAGUGGGUCACUAUGCGUCCUAUAUCAAGCGGGAGACAAAUGGACAAGGCCGUUUCCAGGAAAGGUCUUUCUACAAGGCUCUGCACCAUAAGCCCAUCAGGAGGUUUGUGAAGAAGUUUGUGAAGACCCAGCUCUUUUCCCUUUUCAUUCAGGAAGCGGAGAAGAGCAAGAAUCCUCCCGCAGGAUAUUUCCAACGGAAAAUACUUGAGUAUGAGGACCAGAAGAAACAGAAGAAAUCAAAGGAAAAGACUGAAAUAAGGGUGGUGUGAGCAGGACUGACAUGAUCUACAGGCUAGAUCUGGACUCUGGUCUGAAGGUUGGAUCAGCAAAGCUCUUGGCCCACACAAUCCAGAGCUCUGACUCUACAACCGGGUUUGUUGUUGAGCUGGUAUCGCGUGUGGAAUCCCUGGAAUCAGCUGUCUUAGACCUUUGGGAGGCUCUGAUUUCCUUUUUCACAGAGCUGGGCUCUGUGAGCUGCAUUUCUUCAGAGGUGAACCAGAGCAGAAACAGUCCCACAGGUAGUGUAGGGACUUACUUAGAAGCUGCUGCAGCUGUGCUCUCCUGGGAGUCACUUUUAUAAAGUUCUCCACAGAGAAAGCAGUUGGCCCCAAGCCUCAGUCUUUCCAUAUUAAAUAAAGAGAUCUGUGGGAAUGUGAGGCAAGAAUAAAGAUCAAAAUAAAAGUCU